CUAGUACGCGUUUCCGUUAGCCGUCGCUAGCUAAACAAAUAUGGCUCUGCUACUUUUUCGGACAACGAACCCUUAUGAUACUUAGGCACGUAGAAAAUAAGGGAAACAUGCAACAGAUAAAACGCGUCAUGUUAUUUGAUAUAUGACACUUUAAUGUAAGAAAAGCGGUAUCUUUGUUUUAUUCGGCCCAGAGAAGCCCUUCGUAGCCGUGUUUACAUUCAGCUAACUCCACAGUUGGCUAAUGGAAGCUAGUUGUAGCAAAAUGGACCUUGGAACAAUGUUGUACAACAAUUUAAAAGAUGUUACAUGGAGUACGACGUCCCUACCUUUAGACCAGCUGGUCAGUACAUAUAAGCUGCCCCAGAUUGCCAAACUGGAUAACGGUCAGUCAGUUGAAGGGCUUCGAGACAAUGACUACCUCUUGAUCCAUUCCUGCCGUCAGUGGACAACUAUUACUGCUCACAGUCUGGAGGAGGGACACUACGUGAUUGGGCCCAAGAUAGAGAUCCCUGUUCAUUAUGAAGGUCAGUUUAAGCUGCUGGAGCAGGACAGAGAUGUCAAGGAGCCUGUGCAGUACUUCAACAGUGUGGAGGAGGUGGCCAAAGCUUUCCCUGAGAGGGUGUACGUCAUGGAGGAGAUCACUUUCAAUGUUAAGAUGGCGUCAGGGGAGUGCAAUGAAGACACAGAAGUUUACAACAUAACACUAAGUACUGGUGAUGAACUGACUUUAAUGGGUCAGGCGGAGAUCCUUUACGCCAAGAGCUCUAAAGAAAAGUCGAGGCUCAACACCAUUUUCAAGAAGAUCGGGAAGCUCAACUCCAUCAGCAAAAUUGGCCGCGGGAAGAUGCCCUGCUUGAUUUGCAUGAACCACCGCACCAACGAGAGCAUCAGCCUGCCCUUUCAGUGCAAGGGCCGGUUCAGCACCUGCAGUCCGCUGGAGCUGCAGAUGCAGUUCGGCGAGCACACCAUCCGGAACAUCGUGGAGAAAACCCGCCUCCCGGUCAACGUGGUCGUGCCUGGCACGCCGCCCCGCAACCAGCACGACCUCCACCUCAUCCGCGAGGGCCACCGCUACAAGCUGGUCAACAUCCAGACCAAGACGGUGGUGGUGUGCUGCGUCCUGCGGAGCAACAAGAUCAUCCCCACCUACUUCCCCUUCCACAUGGCCAUGCCGAGAUUCAUCGUUCCGGAAGAGCUGCUGCAGGGAGAGCUGUGGCUGGAGACCAUGGUGCACCGCUGGUUUUCCUUCUGCCAGGAGCAGUUCGACAUCGACGACUACUCUCGGGCCGUCCGGGACGUGCGGGCCGACUGGAACGAAGAGGGCAGUAGCCCGAAAAAAAGCAGCGGGAACGGCAGCUCCAAUGGGUGUCCCGGCCACAAGCAGGUGCCCAGCUCGUUGACUUACGCCAGAGACGAGCUCACGCAGUCUUUCCACCGACUUUCGGUGUGUGUGUACGGCAGCAACCUGCACGGGAACAGCGAAGUCAACUUGCAGGGGUGUAUGACACUGUGCGGAGACUGGGCUCUUCCGCCUUCCGACGGCGGCCAUUCAGAAUCCGGAGAGAACGAGCACCUGUUCCCUGAACUGCCGGACUUAACGAGCCAACAUGCAAAUCUCAGCAAGUUGGAUGUUCCCUAUGAGGAGUUGUGGUUGGAUCACCUGAACAGGCAGAGUCCAAAGCCUUCCUCAGGUGAAGGCGUACGAGUCGCCAAUGACGACUGUGCAACAACGGCCGCACUGUAUCCAGUCAUAUGUCCUCUUGGUGCCAGAACCAGUUUGGACAUUCCACUUACUCCACCACCCGUCCCACCAAAGUCUGAAGCUGUGAAGGAGGAAUGUCGUCUUCUGAACGCUCCACCCAUUCCUCCCAGAAGUAUAAAGCACCUACCGUCGGUGCCCAUCCCGUCGAAGCCCCGCCAGCAGGACACUCGGUCUCCAAGUCCAACCCUUUCCUAUUAUUCAUCUGGUCUUCAUAACAUUGGAGCAACUGAGCAAGAGGGAGCCGAGCUACAAGAGCAAAGUCACGUCUGCUAUCCCUGCAGCUGGGGUAACGCCGGCACUGCGGAGAAAAGAGCCACUUCGCCCAGCGGAGGCCCGCCGUUGGAUGCUGUGUCAUCCCGUCUGUCUUGGCCCAACAACUUUAUCGGAGGAGACGCUCACUGCAUGGACGAGUUUGUGCCCGCGAGCUGCCGGAGCUACUUCAGCUACCCCAGAAAGAGGACUCCGAGUUCCUCGAAAACCUGCGCAAUCAGUCUGGAUGACUACGAGGGCCGAGAGCUGGCACGCCGCCGCGGGGAGUUCAGCUUGCAGAAAGGCCCCACUGACCAGAUCUGCACUAAAUCUUCAAGCUGCAACUCGGAAAUGUACCGGAACAAGCCAAUAGAAGAAUCGAACACUAAGCAGAGCUUAUCCUGCCCCAUUUUACCACCAAGAACACCUAAAUCCAACGCCAUCAAGAAGUGCCCAGAUUUCCCGACGGAGUCUGUCUCUGACGAGUCGCAGCGAGCCGCCGUUCAAACCGAGCCGGGCACAAAUGAGAUUUGUUCCAGCUCUGCAACUCUAAACUGUCCCUCUGUGUCUCCCACCGCGCAGUGGACCGCGCCUUUGAACUUGUCCGGCAUCUCCAUCGAAGAGGUGUCCAAGUGUCUGAAGUUCAUCGGCCUGCCCAACGACAUAGUCUCCCUGUUUGUGUCCGAGAAGAUCGAUGGGAAUCUCCUCCUGCAGCUCACCGAGGAGAUUUUGUCUGAAGACUUCCGCCUAAGCAAGCUGCAGGUGAAGAAACUCAUGCAGUUCAUAAACGGGUGGAGACCCAAGAUAUAACGGUAUGAAACACUAAAAAUGGUUGUAAAGCUGAGAACAUAAUGCCUUCAAGUAUACACGCUAUGCACAGCAAGCCGCAAGCAGGCUUGGGAUUUUUCUUUGAUAUGUUGAACUUAUUUCCGUCGCUACGUCCAUCGAAACGUACCGCGGUUUGGUCGUUUCUUCAAACCCUCGGACUGUCUGCGACUUUAACUGAGUGAAACAAAUUGGCACUUUCGUUAUAAGACAUAUAGUUAUGUCAGAAUCCUGGCGUGUUUUCAUCCGCGACCCACUAACUAUUUAUGACAAAAAUGUUGUUUUUAUUUGAGUCAAAUGAAAUACAGACGAAAACAAAUGUGAAGAACUAUAGGAUGCUAGAAUCUUAAACUAUUAAGAUUUUUAAGAGCACAAACUUCAUGUGUCUAAACAGUAGCGUAAACUAAAUGUUUCUUUUUAAAUAAACAAUGUUUUUUUAAAACUAAAUCCAAAAAUACACUAUUCACUAAUUAUAGGGAGAGCUCAUGAUUUUUCAAGCAGUUUUGUUGCAAUAUAAGAAAAGCUCUUUAUCUUACCCGCAAUAGCCAACUUUCUCUGUGUCUUCAUUUAGUAUAAUUUUAUUUCAAAUUUUCAGUUCUGUCUAUUUUAUUCAAAAUGGCAGUGUACAUAAAAAAAAGUAAAUGCAACGCAAUUCCAGUUUAGUUGGUCGCCGAGUCAAGAGCUAAUAGCUAUCUCGAGACCAAAGCAGACUAAAACCUUUAAACAGCUCCAAUAAAAACUAAAAGUCAAUCCAUUUUAAUAUGUCUUAUUAAGCUAGAUAACAAGAAUACCAAUGUUGCUGUUACCCAUGUUGCAUCCCUUGAAAGUUAUUUAGUGCUAGAAAUCGAGCCAGUCUUUAAUUUUUGUACAGAGGUUGUGCUCUCUAUGGCCUUCUGUAUAUUUAAAAUAAUUGGGGUUUUUUAUUACUUGAAUUAUAGACACAAAAUGUAACAAAAAAACAAAAAACGAUUCCAAUAAAACUUUAUGCUCACAAACAGCAGCCAUGGCUAUCCUGGCUCACCCAUUUUUUUCUACAUCGAUAAUCUAUGCCGACUGCUCACUUUUCUGCCCAUUGUCAUCAUCCAUAAACGAUACUCACUACCUGGUUUUGAGAGCGAUGUAGCUACAAAGAAUUUUUGUAGUCUGAAAGUGCUUUUGAAAUUUAUCUGCUUCGAAAAACAAGAGAUUUUACAAUAUUUAUGCUCUUGAACAAGCAUUGAAGCUCCAGCCUCCACGUCCAACUAAUCCAAUUUUAUGCUAAAUGAAGACGACAACAAAGGAGUUAAUCUACUCCGGGUGGGAUAUCAACUGCUUAUACCACAGAACCUCACUUCAGAAAUCCUGAACUGUCUUUAAUAUUUUGUUGGAGAAGCACUAAUAGUAUUUAGGUGUGUGUGGUAUUUGUUUCGUAAGGACAGGGAUGCAAAAAAAAAAAUUAACUAAGUUACUGUGCAAGUCGCAACAUGAAAAAAAAUGUAUGUUAAUGUUAUUGCGUUGCCUGUUUUAUUUGAUACUUUUUAACUCGGUUUUAGCGUUGGUUCGGUUUUUUUUUAUUAUUUACUCUAUGCCUAAAAUACAGGGAGAUUUUUAAGCUCAUCCUUUUAACUUUUUUCGGUACUGUAGUGCAGUUCAGGUUUCUUCGAAAAAGCUGUGGCAUUAAGUUACUAUGAAAAAAAAAAUGUGUGAAUAAAUGCGAAAUGAACAAAAACAUGCUUCACAGAAAAGUAUUACACGGAAGAACAUUGGUUCAUUCGUGGUUUGAGAAGCUUAUUUGUUUAGCGCAUAUAACCCAACCUCACUUUGUUUUCGGAAACAGGAAACACACGAAUCUUUUAUUAUGCAAGUCUUGUUUCCGUUCGAUGCAGUUCUAAGGUUGUAACGAAUUCCACCGACGUAAAGCGAGGGAAAUUCUGUCCCAACUCCAAAGCGAACAGGGAGGCGAGGCACGACGCUGUUCGUCAUCAAGGAUAAAUUAUGCAUCAUGCACUUUGGCAGAUUAUACUUUAAUAAUGCAGUCGAUUUUAAGCGUAUUGAAGUGUCUAUUGUUUUUUUUGUUUUUUGUUUUUUUUUGCGAGUAAAUGCACUACAUUUUCUUUUCUGUUUUUUUUUUUUUCAACGGUACGUUUGUUUUCUUGUCACUGUUGUUUGUUCCAAAGUGUCCUCUAAUGCAAAGAGUCUCUCAGCGCCUUAACCGAAAAGCCCUUAAAAGGAGGUUUAGCAGUUUUAAUUCUGGCUCCAUGUUUCGCCAGUUUUACUCAAGAUGAUGUCGACAGACCUCAACGGGAGCCAUGUUGUUAUUUUAAUCCCCAUCCCUCACCACCUUUUCCCUAAAACUCUGAGGGGCAUUGAAGCUAAAAAAAAAAAACUCAGAAUGAUCUGCUUUUAUGAAAUACUUGUGUGCGUCAGUAGCGGCUUCAGGUUUUUUUUUUUUUUUUUUUUUUUUUUUGAAUGCGAUGCUACGGCGCUUUGCUCAAGUAUUCACGCCACAUGAGACGUUUGUCACAUCUUCGGUGUAUUUUUGAAGAGUAAUGGUGAGUAAUAACAACGCAUGCCUCCUUUUUCAGUUGACUUUUUUUGUUUUGUUUUGUUUUUGUAAAAUUGUUAAAAAAAAGAGAAAGAAAUGCCAAAACCAUCCCAAAACACUUUCCUCUUAAUGUGUUGGUCUAACAUAAGAUUUGUGGCUGCCACGUUCAAAGUGUGAAAACGUUUUUAGAGGUGUGAAUACUUUUGCAACGCUGUAAAUAUGCAGACCAGUUCAGCAGCCAGUCAGGACUGUUGUACCCCCUCUGAGACACUUAUUGCCAUGGGUUGUUACAUCUUUUACUUGAUUUUAUUUUCUUUUUUUCAAUGUAUAAUUUUUUUUUAAGUAAAUAAUUACUAAUUUUGCAAUUAUUUUCACUGAGAUAUUGUGUGAAUUCUUGUUGGUAACUGUAAGAUGUGGGUUCUUUUUUUUCCUGACUGAAAUAAUUUUUGAUUAUUAGGGGGGAAAACCCCUGAAAGAAUCAGUCACACUACAUGUACAUUAAAGGAAAUUAUUAAUAAGCUUUGAUUGCGGGUUUGUUUUUUUACAUUAUGUUAUAUGGAUUGUAAUGUCUAGUAUAAUAACGCAGGCUCUUUAAAGAGAAGAAGGAACAACAGAGCGGCACAAAAACGAUGUCGAUACCGCAUUCCGAAGCAUUUCUCAGUCAAAUCCGAUAAAUGACCUGGGGCCACAUGCGAAAUGCUUGCGUGCGCACAAAAAAUGGACUGCGCCAUAUUUUACGCACAAGUCGGCAUGUAUAAAAAUUAACUUUGCGUUAAAGUUUGUGUAAAUAUACGCACACUUUUGUGAAAAUGUGCGGCAGCCAAGCAAACGUUUUCUGUGGACAAUAUCAAACUACGCAGCGUCAGAACUCACCUAAAUACGCUGAAAUCUGACGACGUUCAAUGUUGUUUAGGCCAAGAAGUUUCAAACCCGAUGUGUUUUCAUCAUUUUAAUAUUUUAUUGUUUAAAUGUCAAUGAUGAAACUGAACCGCAUUAUUCUCACACAAAAUAAAGACAAAAAUAAAAGUAUGAAAAACUCACGAAUGUAAAAAGUACUUUUCCUCAGUUUUUGUCUCAAAGAUUGGUCCGUGCGCCGAUGGCAUUUGCAGGAUCUCUAUUUAUUUGGAUUUUUCUCUCUCUUUUUAAAAUGUAUUUUUAUUUUUGUGAGGUGACCUUAUGUGUCCUGAAUGCACCGUUUAAACUAAAUAUAUAGUUAUAAAUAUUUAUACUGCUACAAACAAGGACAUUGCCAUGGUUAUUGCCUCACGUGGCGGCGGACUUCCGAGUAUUUAUACUAAUUUACAUAUGUAAAUUAGUAUAAAUAGUACAUAUGGCAACAGAGUGGACCAGCAACUGCGUUCAAUUUUCUGCUAAUUGGGAUUUAUAAAGGAAAGGUGCGCAGCCACGUGCGUGCAUA